GAUAAGACACCUGUGGAGAGCUUGUGCCAAAAAGAUCCGACGGCUCAGAUUAACCAAACCUCGUUAUAAUCCCUUCGUAAGCCACACGUUUACACAAACACACAGAAAGAGAGAUCGAAAGGAGAGAUAAACAAGAAUGGCUUAUUCGCUUCUUACGUCGUUUGCUCCGGCCACCGUGAGGGUUUACGCCACAACCGCAAAAGGAGCUUCAGGCGGCGCCAAGGAGGAGAAGAAUCCCCUCGACUUUGUGCUUGGUUAUUUGACAAAGCAAGAUCAGUUCUACGAGACCGAUCCAAUCCUCAAGAAGGUGGAAGGCACCACUGGAGGAGGCCGAGGAACCGUUCGCGGCGGUGGUAAAAGCUCCGCUCCUGUGCCUGUGGCGCCAAAGAAGAACGAUGGUGGUGGUGGGCUCGGCGGCUUAGCUGGUCUCUUCAACAAAAAAUGAAUGUAAUCUGCAUUAUCUAUUGCUUCUGUGUUUAUUCUCUAAUACAUUCUUCAGAUUUCAGUUAUAUAUAUACAAACUGCUCUUUUCUUCA